AUGCCCCUAAGAUGCACUAAACCACUGGGGGCGACACCCGCAACGCCAACGGCCCCCCCAACAGGUCGCAAGGGACACCAAGUGGCUAUUAACGGUUUCAUCACCUGGAUACUGGUAACAAUGUCGUUGGUGGUGUAUUUUCUCUGGGCGUUUAUUCCCACAUCAUUCCUUGACAUGGUCCUCGCGAGUUAUUACCCUGACAAGUAUUGGGCUGUUGCAAUCCCCGCUAUAUUGGUUAUGACUAUGGUGUACUACUUAACCGUGCAUUUUCUGUUAAUGUUAUACAGGACGGACCCCCUCACCGACGGGUUUUGUGUGGCGCAGACAAACGGAGCGGUGAGGCAUGAAAGUAUUGAGAACUUGGUCGAUGUGGAGGACGGUGUUCCACCCAUCACGGACAUUCCAGUGAGUGUGGCAAGCAGGUUGUUGUUUCAACCGUGGAAUUGA